CCUGCUCAGCAGUUUUUCCCUGCCGCCUUGGAAAACUGGUUCUCUCUCUCUGUUUUUCUCUGUUUUUUGGCUCUGUGCAGCCGCCACGAUUUUCCAGCGAGCUGUUCGACAGACCCGUCAGUCGGAGUUUUCAAAAAACGGCAAUUGGUGUGGCGGUGACGGCAACGCACAGCUGUGAGCUUCAGUUUCGACCUGUGAUUUUGGUUGCCCGAACAAAGAAAUGAGAAAACAGUAGGAGGAUGCUAAUAUAAAGCACCUCGUCAAGUGACAAUUAUAUAAUACCCACGUAAAAAGUCAACGGUUUCAAAGUCCUCCGUCAAAAGGCGUCCAUACGCCCAGUGUACUCGAAAGAAAGUGUCAUAAAGUAUGCGAUUAUCCUGUAAACAAAGUGUAAAACGCGCCCAGCUCCAAUAAACGCCGAAAAAGAAAGGCAAACAACAAACAACUCCCGGAUUUUACGACUUGAGCAAUCAAUUCCGUUGGUCACUUGAGGAUUUGAGGACUCGCAGGACUUGCAGGACUCUAGGAUUCCCAAGUACACAACUAUAGAAUCGAAUCCUGAGCACGUCGUAUAAUGAUUGCGCAAGUAAGAUGACGCCACUGCCGGUGAGAAGGAUACGUUAGGGGCGGCGUUGAACUAUGGGAAGAGAGGCAUGGGCAUGUGCGCGGACCUUGGGUCUCAUCGAUGGUGUCGGGCAUUGAGCACCCAGCACAGCAACACCCAGAAAUCGAAGGAGCAGCAGCAAAUCCAGCAGAGACCCUCCAGGAGUCCUUCAGGAUCAGGAGCUAUUGACACCACAACGAAAACGAUUCCCGCUAGUGAAACGCUGACGGCCUCGCCAGCGAAAACGGCUGCUUUCACAGUGAAAACAACGAGGAGAAGACGCCGACGAAGGGCAGGCAGCAGCUCCAUCUGCGUUCCCAUUUCCAGCAGCAGCAGCAGCAGCAGCCAAAGGUCAACGAUACAGGUGCUCCACUUUCUGUUGGUCUCGUUGCUGGCAGCCCUUCUAGCGAAAAAUGCCCAGGCGCACAACAUUCCAGAAGACGCCGUGCACAUCACGGCCAUUCUCGGCGAGGGCGUCAUCUUCAACUGCCAUGUGGAGUUCCCCAACGACCAUCCCGUGCCAUAUGUCCUGCAGUGGGACAAGAAGGUGAGCGAAACGGGCUCCGAUCUGCCCAUAUACAUCUGGUAUGAGAGCUAUCCGGAGCACAUCGAGGAGGGCUACAAAGGACGCGUGUCCCGCGUGUCGCAGGACUCUCCCUUCGGCUCCGCCUCGCUCAACCUGACCAACAUCCGGGAAUCGGACCAAGGAUGGUACGAGUGCAAGGUCGUCUUCCUCAAUCGGGACCCCAAGCAGCAUAAGAACGGUACAUGGUUCCACUUAGACGUACAUGCACCGCCGCGCUUUAGUGUUACGCCAGAGGAUAUUAUAUACGUUAAUUUAGGUGAUUCAAUUAUACUCAAUUGCCAGGCCGAUGGCACACCCACGCCGGAAAUACUCUGGUACAAGGAUGCCAAUCCCGUCGAUCCCUCGCCCACGGUGGGCAUCUUCAACGACGGCACCGAGCUGCGGAUCUCCACCAUUCGGCACGAGGACAUCGGAGAGUACACUUGCAUUGCACGCAAUGGUGAGGGACAAGUCUCCCAUACGGCCCGUGUUAUAAUCGCGGGCGGCGCUGUAAUCAUGGAUAAAGCGGCGCCCGACAAACACACACGCACCAAGUCCAAGUCGAAUGCCGUGAAUGAGAGGCUGACCAUACGAGUGCCACCGACAAACCAAACGAAGAACGAGGGCGAAAAAGUGAUAUUCUCCUGCGAGGCUAAGGCCAUGCCCGGCAACGUCACGGUGCGCUGGUACCGCGAGGGAUCGCCCGUCCGGGAGGUGGCCGCUCUGGAGACGCGCGUCACCAUCCGCAAGGACGGCUCGCUCAUCAUCAAUCCCAUCAAGCCGGACGACUCGGGCCAGUACCUAUGCGAGGUGACCAACGGCAUCGGAGAUCCUCAGAGCGCAUCCGCUUACCUCAGCGUCGAAUAUCAAGCCAAGGUGACCUUCACGCCCACGGUGCAGUAUCUGCCUUUCCGGCUGGCCGGUGUGGUCCAGUGCUACAUCAAGUCGAGCCCCCAGCUGCAGUACGUGACCUGGACGAAGGACAAACGCCUGCUGGAGCCAUACCAAAUGAAAGACAUCGUGGUGAUGGCAAAUGGAUCCCUGCUGUUCACGCGCGUGAGCGAGGAGCAUCAGGGUCAGUAUUCCUGCACGCCGUAUAACGUUUUGGGCACAGCUGGAGCCUCCGGCAUAAUGGACGUACUCGUGCGGAAGCCUCCAGCUUUCACGGUGGAACCGGAGACCCUGUAUCAACGCAAAGUGGGCGACAGCGUGGAAAUGCAUUGCGAUGCCAUGGAGGCGGAGGGCACCGAACGGCCUUCUAUCAAAUGGCAACGGCAGGAGGGCGAACAGCUGGCCGAGUCGCAACGCAAUCGUAUAAAGAUCUCCGGCGGCAACAUCACCAUUGAGAAUUUGAGGAGAGAGGACUUCGGUUACUAUCAGUGUGUGGUUUCCAACGAAGUGGCCACUCUGAUGGCCGUCACGCAACUGGUGAUCGAGGGCACACAGCCACAUGCUCCCUACAAUAUCACAGGCAAGGCCACCGAAUCGUCAAUCACUCUACAAUGGCUGCCAGGAUAUAGCGGUGGAUCGGAAUACAAGCAGGACUAUACGAUCUGGUUUCGCGAAGCGGGCGUCAACGACUGGCAAACGAUAUCCGUAACGCCCUCAGGCAGCACACAGGUUACCAUCAAUGGCUUGGCCUCGGGAACAACCUAUGAAUUCCAGGUGGUGGGACGCAAUGUCCUUGGCGACGGAAUGAUGAGCAAAGUGAUGACCGUUCGCACACUGGAAGACGCUCCGGCAGCGCCACGUAAUGUCAAGGCUGCAACACAACCGCCCGACUCAUUCUUUCAGCUAAUGCCAGACGAAGCUGGUCCCAAGCCCGGACCCCCCAGAAAUGUGUCCGUGACAGAGGUUUCCAAUGGAUUCCUCAUCACGUGGCAAUCGCCGCUGGAGCGGGCGCACAUCGUCAAGUUCUACACCAUCAAGUACCGGACAGAUGCGCAGUGGAAGACCCUCAACCGGGGACAAAUCCGGCCGGAGGAGACGCAAUAUCUGGUGAAGAACCUGGUGGGCGGAAGGACCUACUACUUCCGGGUGCUGGCCAACUCGGAGAAGUCGUACGAGUCCAGCGACGAGGUGAAAUUCCCGGUGCCGGCGCGUGUCAAGCACAAGGCGAUUACCGCCGGCGUCGUUGGGGGCAUCCUGUUUUUUAUUGUUGCGAUCAUUUUAUCGGUUUGUGCCGUAAAAAUUUGCAAUAAACGUAAACGACGAAAACAGGAAAAAGAGUUCAACAUGGUAGCUUGCAGGAUAACGGACGCUCGUAACAUUGCCGCCAAUAAUCAUCAUUUGCACAAUCGCAGUACGGGCUCAAUUUCCUCUGGUCAAGUGCCUUUAAAAAAGUACAAACAAACCCGAAUAUCAAGUCUAACAGCCAUUCUCAUUGCCAUACUCCACUGGAUCUGGCCGCCUGAUCGCUGCACCAACUGCCACUCCAUUUAUAGUUCACCGAAUCUCGAGGAUGGCGAUGAGGACGGCGCAGGACGAAGGCGUUCCGUAAGUCGCAUUCAACGAAGUCUCGAUGGGCGAUUCGUAUUGGAUGUGGAGGGGGGAGUCUCGAAACUGGGUUACGCCCAGCAAACCAUGGACUCGGCGGCCAAUGUGGUGGAUGUGGUGGACGGUGGUCUCUUCGAGCGUAGAAACAGCAAUGUUUCCCAGAAAUCCUCCAGCGAUGAUGGUGGAUUCCUAUCGCGUCGUAACUUUAUCACGGCUCGUGCUUCAUGGCGUCGUCCAUUGGUGGCCUCCUCCAGUCAAUUGAGUCUUCAGUCAGCGGCAGAUUCGGCCAGGGGUUUUCUACAGGGUCUGCUAAAGAUCGGAGGAAAGCAGCAGCAGCAGCAGCAGAUCCCACUCAAUCAACAAUCGUAUUUCGAUGAAGCUGUGAGUGGAGCCCGCUAUCAGAAUGUUCUGCGACCUUUCACCAGCCAAAGCAGCAGUAAUUUGUAUGGCCAUGCGGACCGGAGUAGACCGCUGCAUAUAAACACAAUCAGUGGAAGUCUCAGCCAGCAGCAGCAGCAGCAGCAGCUUUACACACCUUCGAGAAUCUCCAGGAUAUUCUCCAGUUCACCGCAGCAAUUGCAGCCAAAUCAUCAGCAACUCUUGCUGACCAGUGGCUCCUAUCCCACACACUUCAGCGAUCUGAGCACUGUGUAUCCUCCAAAUUCCGCUGAACGUUCAUCGUACAAUCUGAGCAGUAGAUAUAGAUACUACUCACAGGAGCUGCCUUCCCUGCGAACCAUUCAAGAGGAAACUCGCCGACAGCAGCAGCAGCAGCAGCAACAGCAAAAGCCACAUCCUCUGGAAGAUCACUUUGUGCCACUCCAGCUGCCAUCGCCUCCUUCUUGGCGGAGUUACUACCAAUCGCAGGCCAGCUAUCGUCCCAGAACUCGCUGGUAUCCUCGUCAUCAUUCGCGACUAUUUAGCAAUCGGCAGCAGCAACAUGAGAUGCUGUCACCUUUGCCUCAGCUGAAUCUCAAUUUGCGCAACUCCAUGAAUCCUGGAGGUUUGGAGGCCUCACCCGAAUCGCGUUCCAGUUCGAGUGGUUUUGGUUCAAAGAAUACCUCCAAUCAUCCGGGAAGUACCAGUGAAUGGAGAUUAUUGCCGCCAUAUCGAGCUCCACCGUCGCCGCCAAAACAUUCGGGUUAUUUUGGUGGACAACAGGCGCAGGGACAAACGCCACAUGGUUCGUAUUCGUAUAACAGGGCCACAACACCGCCUUAUACGAUGGCCCAUUGGCUGGAGAUGAUCUCAAGACUGAAUGCGGCCACGGAUAGUAAUUUGCCCAAAUCCUCGUGUCCCGUGGAUGUGGGCAGUGUGGAUGGACACUAUGAAUUCGAUCCGGCCACGCCCACUCCCAGUGCAUCCAGCAUGCUGCGCGAAGAUCUCAAUUUGCAUAUAGAUACGCAUCAUCAUCAUCCAUAUCAUCAUCAUACGUUGGGUCCUUUAAGUGGCAGUCUGUUGCACAGCCACGCCCCUUACGGAGGCGGAGGAGGAGGCGGGAGUAGAAAGCCAAGAUCUCUACCAAUUCACCUGCCUCGUUACGAUAAUGUUGAGGUUAGACUUCAAGCCAUGAGGGAGGAAUUCUAUGCCUACCGCAAACGACAAGCAAUGCAUCAAAUGGAGAGCGUUUGCUGAGCCAAUGAAGCAUUUAAUUGAGCCACACCCGCACCUACGACCACGACCACGACCACGCCCACAAAUAGGCCCGAUUUGUAGAGAUACCCCGAACAAAGUUGGACAGCAGCGAAUUUCGAGGCAAUCAGACGCUAUGACGAUAUGAUAUUGGAUCAGGCCCCCACAAUUCAGAGAUGAACUUUAAAAGUUUGGCCCCCCUGCAAACUCAAAAAUAAACAAAACAAAAACAAAAAAUUAUAAGAAAAACACUUAGAAGCCAGAAACAAUUAGUAGGUUUAAACGAGAAGAAAGCUGUGUAAAUAUAUAUGGGGAGCCCCCAGAAGUUUAAGUAUAAUAUUUAACAACUAUAGCAAUUAUAGCAACAUAUUAUUACAAAAAUCGAUAAAAGUAAAAUUGACAUUUAAAAGAAAAGGAGAGUAAAUGAAGCAAACAUUGUUUGACGACAUAUGCAAAGAACAAAUUACAAUUACAAUUAACUAUUAUUUACGAGUAUAUUAGAUAUUACUACUUAACGUAACACACAGAUCGAGAUAUGUUAAACAUUGAGCAUUAAACAUUAAUUAACAAUCCACAAGCGUAAGCCUACAUUAUGUUACAUUACAACUAAACUAAAUUAAUACGGAAUAUACUAGCUGUUAAGCAUUUAGUUGUUAACAACUAGAACCAGAGAUGAUGAACGAUGAACGAUGACGAGA